AUCAAAACCCACCAAUCAAGAACCUAAGGAUGAAAGAAAAGACUCAGCAGUUGAUGUGGGACCUGAACAGAAACGUGACCGACGUUGCGUGUAUCAAAGACUCCGACUAUUCUAUGCCGGCAAUGAACAAUAGCUAUUGCCAGUUUGGAGCCAUUUCCGUAUGUGAAGUCACCAACUACACCGUCCGCGUGGCCAGUCCCCCGUUCUCCGCGUCGAUCCUCUUCCCUGAGAACAGUGGGACGCCUCGGGCAGGCGCGGAGAAUCUGACCUGCUGGGUUCAUGAUGUGGAUUUCUUGAGCUGCAGCUGGGCGGUAGGCCCGGCGGCCCCUGCUGACGUCCAGUACGACCUGUUCUUGAACAAUCCCAACAGCCACGCACAGCACAAGUGUCUUCACUACAACACGGAUGCUCGGGGAACACGGAUCGGGUGUCGUUUCGAUGACAUCGCGCGACUCUCCAGCGGUUCUCAAAGUUCCCACAUCCUGGUGAGGGGCAGGAGCGCAGCCUUCAGUAUCCCCUGCACAGAUCAGUUUGUCUUCUUUUCACAGAUCGAGAGAUUAACUGCACCCCACAUGACUGCAGAGUGUAAUAAGACACAUUCCUUCAUGCAGUGGAAAAUGAGAAGUCAUUUCAAUCGCAGAUUUCGCUACGAGCUUCAGAUCCAAAAGAGAAUGCAGCCUGUAAGGACAGAACAGGUGAGUGUUCCCUACCCCCAGACGCUGUACUUGACAUUGCAAAGGGUGAGUUUUAUUAUUAAUAUUAUUAAUAAUACUAUUAAUUUUUAUAAUAUAUUUAUUA